AUGGGUGAGCCAACUAAAGAUGUAGAUCCACGUCUCGCUUCAUUAACCCAUUUUGUGCAUCACACUGAUCAGCUCGCAGAGCAUACGAUGAAUUCUGUAGAGUGGGAGGCUGUAGAAGUGCUAAUGCCACGUAUACUUCGGGGUAAAUCAAAAGAAGAUAUCAAACAAUUGCUUCUGGCAGAGAUAGAUGGAAUGUCGGAGAAACGAUUAUUGGCUGUGCUCGCUGGAGAGACAUUAGAAGAAUCGUCGAAAGCAGAACCAGAAGUAGAAGGAAUUCAGGACAUUAGUGAAGAUGAGGAAGAGAUUGAACCCGGGGAAAUAAAAAGUCGUUCAGUAACACCUCAAGACCCAUCGCCAUCGAAACCAGAUGAAGAAGAAAAGAAGGAGUCAAUUAAAGGUGAAGAGGAGGAAGAGUUGGAUACUGAUGAAGAGAUCGAUCGACAGCUGGAAGAGGACCUUCAAGAUUUUAUUUGA